AACAAUAAAUAAUAACAGUAUAAGUAUGUAAAUCUACAUAUAUUAAUGGCAAAAGCUCGUUUCGCAACUCAAUGCUUCACUUAUCUAUUUUGCAUAUGCUGAUAUAUAUUCACGUAGGCUAACAAAAAUAAUAAAAACUGUGCAGAUAUUGCUAGACACACAUUGCCAAAGUUUAUUAAAUAUUUGACACAGAAUUCUAUGAGUGUACCGACUGAUCAUGAACGACAACCAACAGCUUAUUCAUUGUGCCAAAGUUUGUGGAACAGCGAACACGUACAUAUUGGUGAUCGCCUUCAAUUCUGUUAUUCUUCUAAAUCUGCAACUUUCGCAUUUUCAUUGCAUUUGACAUACUAAAUUAUUGAAUAGAAGCAGUAAUCAACGGCAAACAUGUUAUCGAGGCAUUUAAAGCAAAUUGAUCACAUCGGUUGGCGUCAUUUGGGCAUUUCAAGGGUACGAACUUUUGCAGCAGAAGUAGAGUAUAAGCAAAACAAUACAAACGAUGUGGACUUGGAGAACGCACGGCCGUACUCAGAAGUGCCUGGGCCAAGUAAAUUCGAAUUGAUACGUUUAUUCAUGCCUGGAGGUUUAUUUUCCAAAAAACCAUUUUUUACUGCCAUUCGGGAAAUGGAAAAGACAUAUGGACAGCUUUUUCGCUUUCCCGGCAUAUUUGACAAGCCCGAAUUUGUAAUCGAUUUAAACCCCACGGAUUAUUCGAUUAUUUUUCGUAAUGAAGGGUCAUGGCCUGAUCGCCGAGUUUUCGAAACAACCGUCUACCAUCGUGAAAAACAUCGGCCCGAAUUGUUUCAGGGCGUCGAGGGUAUUAUAUCCACCUCUGGCGAGAAAUGGGCGAAAAUGCGUACGGCUGUAAAUCCAAUAUUGAUGCAACCGAAAAAUGCCAAACUGUACUUGAAUACGCUAUUGGAGAUUAAUAAUGAGUUCUUAGAAAGAAUACGGUACAUACGCGAUCCCAGUACAUUGGAAGUGCCCGGCAAUUUCCUUGAUGAUAUUAAUCGCCUCGCUUUUGAGGGCAUCGCAGGCAUUGCACUAAAUACAAGACUCGGUUUGAUACAAAAAAAUCGGGAUGCGGCCGAGAGUGAAACGAUCAUGAAGUGCGUACGGAAUUUCUUUGUACUCUCCGAAGAGCUAGAGAUUAAACCUUCCAUAUGGAAGUAUGUGAAAACUCCGAAAUUCUAUAAAAUGAUGAAGACCAUGGACACGAUGACGGACAUCUGCAAUAAGUACAUUAACGAAGCGCUAAAGCGUAUUGAACACGACAGCGAUGGCAACCUCACAUCGGAGCUGGGCAAGGAGAAGAGUGUACUGGAGAAAUUAGUGCGCAUUAAUAAGAAAUUCGCCGUGGUAAUGGCACUGGAUAUGAUGUUAGCUGGCAUUGAUACGACCAGCUCUACUUUGACCGGCAUAUUGCUAUGCAUUGCAAAGAACCCGGAUAAACAAAAAAAGCUAUUUGAAGAAAUUCAGACAAUAUUGCCAGUAAAGGAAUCGCAACUGACAAAUGAAAAUAUGCAAAAUCUGCCUUACCUGCGUGCCUGCAUCAAAGAGGGCAUACGCUGCUAUCCCAUCAUACCGGGUACGGUGCGUCGUUUGCCCAAAGAUGUGGUACUGAGCGGCUAUCGUAUACCUGCCGGUACCGACAUCUCCAUCGGCGCCAAUCUUUUGAUGCAUGAUGAACGUUAUGUGCCGCAGCCGGAUAAAUUCAUACCGGAGCGUUGGCUGCGUAACGAUCAAUCCGCCCAAGCUUUGGAGGGACAAAUUACUAAUCCAUUUUUGUAUGUACCCUUCGGCUUUGGUCCACGCAGUUGUGUGGGCAAGCGUAUCGUUAAUUUGGAACUAGAAAUCACUUUGGCACGUUUGGUGCGAAAUUUCAAAAUUGAAUUUAACUACCCGGCCGAGAAUGCAUUCGCUAUGAAGUUUAUGAGCGUGCCGCAAAUACCGCUUAAAUUCAAAUUUAUCGAGAGAGGAGCGUAGUCUUGUAGUGUAGUAAUAUGUUUAUAAAACACAUUAAGCCCUGAAAAGAAAAUUACUUAACAAAUAUUAAAAAAAAGUAUACUUAUUUUCGAACAGAUAUUAACAGUUAUAUCAAGUAUAAAAAUAUUUUUGUAUUCAUCGAAAUUUUGAUAUAAAUAUAAUAUCAAUAAAAAUAUAUUUUUUAAAUACAAUCAAACUAUAAUGGAAUAAAUAAAUACCAAAUUGAUCGAGUCCAACAAACUGGCUCCCGAAAAUA